UACAAUGAGUGUCGAGUUACUAAACUUAUUGAAACAUGAAGCUAAGACUGCAACUGGCUCAAAAGGUGGGGAACACUGGGUGAAAAGGAAGGAGGCACAACGAGCACGAAGAGGGCACCAUAAGCUCCGAGCGAGAAGAGAAAUUGACCCGGUGACGCCAGCAACAGUGACGUCAGAAGUGACUGAGAAGAGUUCGACCAGACAAUCCCCAGUGCCAUCCCGCGUGUCCGCCGGUGAGAGCGAAUGGAGCGGGGCAACUGGUGGUCCACCUGCAGAGGUGGUACUUCGCUUGCAUCCACCACCAGUGGCAACACGUGAUAACACGUCUCUCACUGAAACUGAUGGCAGUGGCGUAGUGGUGCGAGCAGAAGAAGCGUUGAUAGUGGCCUUCGUCCUGCUUUUAUGGGUGGCGGCUAUAGCUCUUUUCUUCAACCGCUGGGGCAAGAUCAGGAUGUUGGAGCCAUACCAGCCUAAGUUCCAACAGCAACAUCGACAGAGUUGCGCGCUGGCGGAGAGUUCCGUGGCUGUACCACCACAUCAUCGAGCGUCCCUAUCUCGAGGGUGUAUGUCGUAUGACUGCGGGACAUCUUUCUCCGCAUACCAACCUUGCGGUUACCUCUCCCAUAGACCAAGACAGAACUCGGUCUUCGUGGGUAGUAUGGCGCUCAUACCAGAGAGUCCUCCUCGCCGGUCACGCUCUGCGGCGGACCUACCCGCUCUGGUCCCUCCUUGCGACGUUCCCCACUCCACCCCGCGCUCCUCCCGCGCUGCUAGUCUUCACUCCGCAGUAGACCUUCGUGUCUGCGUCCCCUCCCCUAGAACGUCCAGAGCAGCCAGCCUCCACUCCGCCGUAGACAUGCCGCCAGGGUCAGUCCAAGUCCACGCUAGAGGAUCAGGCAACAAUUUAAACAGACCCCGAAGCCCACGAAGAUUGACUAUUACUAAUGUCUAAUUAAUAUGAUGUAACUUUAGUUCGUUCUGUCAAUUUCGGUUUCAUUGUCAAUUAGGACCUUGAUUGCUGUGUUUUGAUGUCAUAAUUAUAUUUUAGACGAUUCUGCUUUUCUAUUAAUGUCUUGAAACCGAAGUUUAGUUUGCCUAACUUUAAGUUUUCUUUAUAACAGUUUUAAUAAUUAAAUACUGUAAACAAUUUCAGUUUAGAAUACAAUAAGGUCUUUGUAGUUACUUCUUUUUAAAUAUUUAAUUUAUUUUUCUUCUUUUCUUGUGGGUGUAAGUACGAUAAUCGUGCUCAUCAAACCUGAUUUCAGUGUGUUUAAUUUAUUUUAAUAGGUCUGUUAGUCGUUUAGGACCACAAGCAAUUUAGCCUGUGGUGCGAGUCGAUUAAGAGCUCGUUUUGAAUGAAUCGUUUCGUCACGGUGCGAAUCACCGAAGAACUUUUAUGUAAUGGGUCGAAUUGGACCGCAGCGGGCUCGGAUAGUGAAGAUACUAAACCGUUUUACUAAAAUGUCAUCUUGUGCUGUGGUCCGAAACAACCUUUCUUAACACUCCCUGAACAUUAUCUGUGCUAUUUCAAUAUCUCUUUUGAUAGAUAAUAAUAAAAAUCAAGUCCAUCUAUUGUAAAUAUAAAGUUAGUCUAGAACAAAGUGUAUAUUUUGUCAACAUAUUACUGUAACUAGAAAUAAGGAUGCCUAUAGAUUCGUUCAAAGAAUUCUAUUUAGUGACUUUAUCUAAAAUGGUACCAAUUACUGUAAUUUCUUCUUUAACUUAGUCUUAAGCUAUUUCUGUCUAACUUUCAGCAUUUCCAGUAGAAGAUAGUCCUCUCUCUCUCUCUCUUCGUCAUAUCUGUAUUUACAUUAUACUUAGGCUCGUAUUUUUUAAUCGUACGUCUCCAACUUACGUGCGAAAAUAUAUACGUUUCAUCAUGCAAAUGACAAGUUCCAAUGUGCUAGGUGAAAUGGGUAUAUACUUUCGCACGCGAAUCGAAAACGAACGAUUCAAAAAUACGGCUCUGAGACUUGUAUAGUGCGUUGAACGCAUCUUUAGCCGUGUGGUGCUACUUUAAGAAAUAACUUGAGAUAUAUUCAUACGAACUGUUGAAAUUACGAAUUGUUAUUUUGUCAUUUGUCAAUAUAACGAAAUAUUAUUUUUAUAACGAUGUUCACGACUAGCUGUGUAUAGACAUUCCCAAGCAUUAUUUUCCAUGUGUGUACAUUUGGAAUAAUUCCCAUCAGAUUGAAAU